CGUUUGCUGACAUACAAGAGUGCCUGGCCAUACCAUCUGACAAAGGGGAAAUGACAUCAUAGUUCUUGUUGAAGACAAUUUAAAGGCUUGGGAUUUCAUCAUCACAGUACUAAGACAGACAAUAGAAUUAUCUGAUAAUUUAGCGCUGAUCGUUAAGAAUCGCAAGUAAACAAACAAAAUCUUGCUUUUGAAAAAAAAAACAACGAAUACGAAAGAAACCCGUCUAAAAUGAGCUCCGUUCAAACCGCUACAAACGACAACAUUGUCUACCUUGACAUGUCGGAAAUUAUUCGCCCUAUUCCUCCUGUUUUGGAUUUUGAUAAAGUCAACAGUAUGAAGGAUACAAUGAGUGGAUCUGCUCCUCCUCCAUCUUGCAAUUUUAAUCCUGGCGACCUUGGACAAGGUGAACUCCCGCCUGUUGAUGUAUUGACCUUCAAGAAAAGUGGUAAAACAUAUUACUUUGCCUUUGGUGGAUGCCACCGUCUACGAGCUCAUGAUGAGUCUGGAAAGCAAAAGGUUCGCUGUAAAUUGGUCAAUUGUUCUCCUAAUACAUUGCGUUUGUACUUGGGUGCUACCGCAAACAAAUAUCUCGAGUAAUUGAUGCAAAUGCCAAUAAUGAAAAGUACUCUAUUGGUAAAUUCGUCAAUUCUUCCUUUGCGUUGAAUUGGCUUAUUCUUUGCUAUGAAACAAAAAGUGAAGAUAAAGGAGGAAAAAAAAAGGAGAAAACUUUAAAUUUUACAUUUUUUUGGAUUCCAAAAGUCACUAAUUGUGAUUGUGCACAAGGCCUGUGUCUAACGCAGGAAUGUUUUGUUUAUGUUUUUAAGUUAUAUAUAUAUAUAGAAGUACAUUAUCGUUAAUAUGUAAUUAAUUUUUUCGUUAUACAAGAUGAGAUAUAUCAAAUCGGA